UCUUCUCAUAUACUGCGUGCAAGGCACACAGGACGCCCGGGCGCUCCAGCGCAACUACAAGUUAUUGCACUCCAAAGUGAAGGGAAGAGUGCCUAUCGUCCUUGUCGUCACAGCUCUAGAAUACCGAGAACCAGAGAUGGAAGACUGGUGGAGGGAUAACGAGAAAUCCAUCUCAGAACUUGGAAUGAACUUUGCUGGCCACGCGUGUAUUACCGCAGUGACCAUCGAUCAAGCUGACACAGAUGAACACAGGCGGCGCCGCGAACAGUCAUACCGUGCCGUCUGCAACCUCAUCGAACAGCGUUGCCAGCAGAAUAUUGGGACCCCCCAAAGCGAUUACUAUGCCUCCCACAAGACUAAAAAACAUCGUACUCUUUGGCGAGGCGGGUGCAGGUAAAAGCUCAGUCGUCAAUCUCAUGGCAGGAAAAGAGAUAGCUCUCACAUCUCUUGGCAUGAAACGCUGCACGCUGCACUGGCAAGACUAUGUCAUCGACUUCGAUGGAGAGUCUUAUAAGGUGUUUGAUACCAUUGGAAUCGAGGAAUCGGGACUUGAAAUGGAGGAGUACCUCGUGGCAGUCGCAAACGCCUAUAGGUUCAUCAAGACGUUGGAUGCAGAAGGCGGCGUUGACCUUCUUUUGUUCUGCAUUCGCGCCGGGAGAUUCACUGCUGCGCUUCAGAGCAAUUACCGGUUCUUUUAUGAAUUCCUCUGCGAGAAGAAGGUUCCCAUUGUUCUUGCGAUUACGAACCUUGAAAGAGAACAGAGGAUGGAGAACUGGUGGGAUCGAGAACAUAGCAUCUUCCCCCGAUUUGGAAUCCACGUCGCUGGUCAUGCAUGCAUUACUGCCGCCAAUGGAUUAGAUGGCAGGCACCAGCAACUUUAUGAAGAAUCGCGCAUUGCAAUCCGCACCCUUGUCACGAAUUAUAUCAUUGGCGACCACAAUGGCGUAGUAUGGACAGGAGGGAACAAUGUGUUCGUAUUGUUGGUGCGUGCGCUGAAGAAGCUUCUUGUAAAGAAUACGCAUAUCAGAAAGAUGAACCUUACCGGUCAACUCACGAAACGUUGCGGUAUGCCUCGAGAAACUGCAGGACAGUUGGCUGAUAUGAUCGAGCAAGGGGAGGUCAGAGUAGAUACAGCUUGACUUGCGUCUUUUUUUCCUCUUCUGCUUGCAGAUCAUCGAUAUCCUUGAAGGAUACAGAUCUAGGCGUUUCUUAUUCCCGCUUCCUUAUCACUGCGUACAA